UAAGCGGUUUCCAUGACAACGGUAUCUUGAAACUAUUAUUGAUUAUCAAGUUGCUUGCAGCCUACGUCACGGCUAUCAAUUUAAAUCAAUUUUGACAUGUAGUUUGUGUGAUCAACUGAAAGAAAGUUCUUGAUAGUGUAACUGCAGCGUAAGCUUGCUAAGAGAUGACAAUCAUUGGGACAGUAGACUUGCUAAAGCAGCAUUAUAUGGCACAACAAAUUCGUCUAUUAUUUGCUACAGUACCGACGACAUGUUUCCUAGCCCGAUCACAAAUGUUGUGGGAUAAUCACAAAGAUUCGAUGAUUGAUGAUAUAUUGUAUGGACAACGAUCUAAGUACAUAUAUCAUUCAGAGACGCAAUGUACAAUGAAGCAUUGAUGUUGCGAAUUUUCUAAUUAGUAAUUUUUUAGCUCACCAAAUCGAAGUGUAUCUGAUUUAAUCAACACAGAUAUAAAUCGUAAACUGCAGUAUGAUACUGUCGAUGCGAGUGUAUCUCGCAAUGUAAUAAAUUAUAAACAACAAAAAACAAUUUACGACCGCAUUAUGCUUGUAGUUUUAGCAGUACGAAGGAGAUUCUCUUUUUUUUGGAUGUACCAGGUGAAACAGGAACUACUAUGGCACACACAUAUUCGAUGGAGGCAUUGGAUAGGAUAUCCAAAGAUAUAAAAAACAACGACACUAUUCGACGGCACUAUGUUACUCUUUUCAGAUGAUUUCAGACGGGCACUUACCGUUAUUCCACGUUCAACAUAUGCUGAUGAAAUCAACGCUUGCUUUAAACAAUUGCGACUGUGGUGUAAUGUUGGAAAAAUACAUCUGAGAGUGAAAAUCGGCGUUUAUAUGCUUCAAUAUCCAUCUGCCGAAAGUUUCUCAAAACAAUUGUUAGAUAUUGGCAAUGGAAAACUAGCAUGUACAUGAAAAUACUGGAUGCAUAAAAUUUCUGCACAAUUAUCAACUCACAAAUGUACACACAAAAUAUCAGAUUGGCUGGCAGAAAGAUUGAUUUUGGCAGCAAAAAAUGUGAACGAUAAUGGAUUCAUUUCAAAGAUAAAACAGUUGUUGCCAGGGGACUUGAUAUCAUACAAAUCUAUCGAUGCUGUUUUCGAUGCCAACGAAGCUGUCAAUUAUCCAAUUGAGGUUUGGAAUUCAUUGGAUAUGCCGGGUAUGUCACCGCAUCAUUUAAACUUGAUGCUUCAGACAGUCACCGACUUUCCUCCUUUCCGUACUUACCGACCGUAUAAAACCAAAUUUGUCAAAAGUUAGUCAAACCAUCAAAUAAUUAGAUAAUAGUCGAAUUAUGAACCUUUUUCCAUGUGCAUAUAGGUAGCUAUCAAUAAUUGGAAUUUAAUAUAUAUUUAAUUUCAUUCCUCUUUCAAUUAUAAUUACAUCCCCCAUGCACUUAUAGUGUUAGUUAUUUUUAAAAAUAUUUUCUAAAACUAACGUUUAUGGCAAUACAACGUUUGCUGAAUCAGCUAGUAUUUUGUAAAAACAAGAAAUUACAUUAACUUCGGUUGUACCAAAGCUAGAAAAAGUUUCCAUACAAGAUCUUUAUUAUGAUAGUUCAGAUUGAAUGGCUGCUACAUGCUAUAGGGCUCCGAUCUAGAACAUUUUUUCGAAUAUUGUUGCGUUGUCUGAUCCAAAUUUCGUAAAGUUAUCUCGUCGAAGAAAACAGUUUUCCUCACAUCCAUCACAUUUUAAUCGGUUAGUUUGUAUGGCAGCUAUAUGCUAUAGUGGUCCGAAAUCGGUUCCGACAAAUGAUAAUCUUUUUGGAUAGAAAAGGUCAUGUGCAAAAAUUCAUAGCGAUUGCCCAAAAACUGAUGAACUAGUUCGCGUUAUACAGAAGGACGGAUCUGAUCGCAAGCGUAAUAUACCCUGUUUAGGGUAUAAAUAUAUAUAGACAAACAAAUAGUUACAAAAAUUAUUUUUUUAACAGAUUUUAUAUUUUUAAAGUUCAAUAAAUAAUUGAAAACAAUGUCGUUUUGUUUUAAAUGUAUUUAAUCAAAUAUUAUAUUAUCAAACAAACGUGGCAACUGUUAUGGAACAUACAUUUUGAAUACAGCACUGAAAAAAUAAAUUUAAAAUAGUUUCUGAAACUUAUUUACGGGUUAGAUAGGUUUGAAAUUUUUAAAAUAAUGGAUUUUUUUUUCUCUUAUAAAAUAGUACAUUAUGUCUAAAACAUUCUCCUAAAAUUUCGGAAGUUCUGCUCAUCAAGCUACGUCAGUGCAGCGCUUCGCGUUUAAACACGUUUAUCGUGAAAAAACAUCAGUUUUUUAUUUUAAAAAAUGUGUACACAUGUGAACCCAUCUCAACGGCAGUCGAAAAAAAAUUUCACUUGCAUAUUCAUUAUUUUUUGUAUUACUUAACACUUGUUUCAUUAAGUUGCGACAAGUUCAAAACAACAAACAUUUGGUGUCAAUUAAAGGACACCUAUUAAGAGGGGAAAGCUACUUUAUAUCUACACGUACACGCACAUGUUCGCAUGAACAUAUGUAUGUAUAUUCAUACAUACAUUGAAUGUUUGGUUUCCUUUCAACCCGCUUUUUGAAUAUCCAAUGUUAGUUAAUGGUUAGAGAAGGGAACUUUACUGACCACCUUUUGCUAGUUCUUUACUAGCCGUUACUAGCCGUUGGCCGAAGGAUAGUAUACCACGGCUGGUCAUAGACAGUACACGCUUUUAUUUUAUAAGUACUGCGUCGUGCUUCAACUUGUUUAUAGAAGUUUUCGAGUGACUCUGUUUUUUUAAUUUGGUGUCGAACGCAUUUACAAAAAGUCUGUUUCGCAAAGCUCGAUAAUUUGGGCAAAAUCCAAGUAUUUUUAAAGCAAUAAUUGCAUAAAUAGCACAAUGGCUUUAAUCAAUAAUGGUAAUAUAAAUGAAUCCGAUGAUGAGCGUGACCUUACCAGCUUAUCUUGGUUAAUGGAGUUACGGAAUCAAAAUUUUAAUUGGACAAAGAACGUGCAACAGGUUAAUUUGGACGGCGAUGAAAUGAGUAAUCGACACAACAUAAAAUACUCUCACGGAGUAAGUGAAGGACAACAAGGAGCGUAUGAUAAAACAAGUAUGUUUAAGAAUAAAAACAAUUCCAACGACAAAUGCAAUGAUGUUAUGAAUAAUGAUCAUAAUGUGACAGCAACCAGUAAUAGAACACUGUUUAAUGAGUUUGAUAAGCAACAAAAAGAACAUACUUCAAGCAGCGACAGUGAAAAAAGUAUAGCUAAACGAAAUUGGAUAGGUAAAUCCAUUGAAAAAUCAUGUAGAAAAUCGUCUAAAGGCAUGCACUUUCAACAGCAGCAAUUAAAACUACAAAUAAAACGAGCUACCCCAGUCGAGCGCUUUGAAAUAUUUCUAGAAAAAGUUAAAAGAGUAUUUGUAGAAUAUCAGAAAUCGGCAAUUAACUAUCAAACGGACACAACAGAAAAGCCGCCAUUUAAUUACUCUCAUAUAAUCGGUAUGGCAAUGUUGGAAAAUGGGCGAGUGACGUUACAACAAAUAUGUUCUUGGAUAGAAAAAAAGUUUGCCUUUUUUCGCGUUAGAAAAAAAUGGAAUAAUUCCAUAAGGCAUAAUUUAUCACUGCAUCAGUGCUUUCGUAAAGUUGACCGUAAAAAAUUUGAGAAAGGUAAAGGUGGUUAUUGGGAACUGGGUGUUGAUCCUCGUAAAUGUGAUAGGAAGCGUAUAAGGAACAGAAAAAAUGCACAGCAUAAAAUUAGACAAUUGCAACAUCAACAUCAACCGCAAAAAUUGCCAAAACAUCCUUUAAGCACAAAUAAAAGUAAUACUACACAGGAAACAAAAGCUAUAGUGGUGCUUAAUCAGCAAAGUCCGAUAAAUAUAUCAUAUAAUGAAUUACAAAAAAUACAAACUGGAAGCUAUUAUAGUGAUUGUGCUCAACAACAAACUUACAGCGCUCUUGAGGCCGACCACGCAACUGAUGGGCAUUUGUUGCUUGACGAUCUCGACAUUCAACAAGACAUCGAUGUGGUCAGCUGUUGCCAACAGUCGCAACAGGAGCAUGAAAUAUUUAUUACUAGUAUGGCAGAAGAAACCCCUACGGCAAUUAAUAGUGUACCUAAUGAUAAUAGCCCCCAGACUAUUGAAUUACUGCAGAAUAGUAAGCAACAACAAUAUCAGCUCGGCACAAUUAUAAUUAGUACACCCACCGAAAAAUACGGGAACAUUUCCAAUUUCGCUGCUUCAACGGGAUCUAUUAAUUGUUUCAUUAAUGGCGAAUGCACUGAUGACAAAACACAUAAACUACAGCAGAAUUUCAUCUGCAUAAAGGGCGACGAAAUACGAACCAUAAGCGGGAAUGUAACCUCAUAUGUGGAUAAAGAUGGAUUAUCCGAAAAAUCUUCAAAACCCAGGUCAAAUUGUCAAUGGAGUGCAGACCAUCAUCAUACUAAUACAACAACUACAUUUACACCAUUUAUUCCAUAUUCUGCAUCUACGAGCAAAUAUGUUCCAUCAUUCUUUAUUAACAGCGUCGAGGAAGAAAAAAACGUUUUAAUAUCCCACUCAAUAAUGCCAAACGUUGUCGUUGAAAAACUGUUGCAGCCGUAUGGAUUACAAUACCCACUCGCUCCUUCUCUAACUACACCAGCAACGACUACAGUGACGCCACAAGUUACGACUAAUGGCAAUAACAAUAUAAAUUCAGAGCAAAAUAAUCAGCAAUUACUGGCGAUUGACAGUAUACGUCCAUACAUUGACGGCAUUGAAGAAGCAUUUCAAUAUCUACGCAGCAUGGAUAACAAUCGGGAAGAUCUAUUAGAUAAUUUCUUAGAUAUCUCUGUGAGUGACUACUAAACUCAAUUACUCGAUUACAUACAAAUAUUCAUAGAUUAUUUAUAAAUAACUGUAUAAGUAAUUAAAGAAUAACUUCACGCUAUACCAAAGUUAAUACAAUUGCUUUAUAGUUGACUCGAAAAUAAUAAAAACGUAAAUAAAUAUCUGA